CUUUUAUUCAAAUAAUGAACUUUGAUUCUAAUCUCUUUCUAAACAAUUAUUAAAUUAAAAUUGUGUACAAAAAUUAUAUUGAGUUAUUCUAAACAAAAAAAUAAUUACUUUUUUUUGUCAUGUAAAGUCUAUACUUAUACAUAAUGACAGUAUUUAACAACGCUCAUAUUUUAUUUUUUCUUUGUACAUUAUCGUUUAUCAUCUGUAUCAAACAAAUAUUUCAUUGUCGUGAAAUAUAAACGGAGUUUUUCGAUUUAAAAAAACAUAAUUACAAAUGGCAUGAGAAUCUAUAAUGUAUGUAUUAAUUGUGUUUUAACAUUCUUAUUGGUUAAUAAUUAAUUACAUAGGAAUGAAAUCGUGAUCAGGAGAGUUGAAAUUAUCACGCGCCAACGGAAGGUCGAAUGAAUAUUUUAUGUUAUUCGUAUGUACUGUAUUAUAUGUUUUUGCUAUUUACUUGUGCUGAUAAUAUACAGCAGUUAAAACACGCUAAUGUAAAAUCAUGAAAAGAAUGUUUUAUAUCACUUUUCCAUUUGCUCUCUCGCAUUUCUCGUUAUUCGCGGUAACAUUAAAAUAUUUAAUAAUUAAGUUAAAUAUGAAAAAAGUUACGACAUAUGAAAUUCAACAUAAAGUGGUAGUUACAAAUGCAAAAUGUUGGAAUAUCCUGAAAAGACAAGCCGCUGAAUUCUGUUGCACCACCGGAUUACAUGGUUACAAAUAUAUUAGCCAAAUUCAACGUUCCAAAGUAGAACGGAUUAUUUGGGCAAUAGCAGUAUUCGCUUCAUUAGGAUGUGCAAUUGCUUUAAUGAAAAUGGCUUGGAAUUAUUAUGUCACUCAUCCUACUCUAACAAUUAUCGAGUCGACACAUCGUGGAAUAUGGAAUUAUCCAUUUCCAGCAAUAACAGUGUGCAAUAUUAAUCGUAUAUCUUACAAUUUGACUAAAGAAUUUAUCGAAAAUUUAAAGAUACCAGCCAAUAUCUCAAAAGAAUAUUUAAUUCAAGAGAUGCGGUUAAUGAAUGAAUUAUUAGUACCAGGAAUAUUUGGAUAUGACGUUCAAGAGAACCUUACUCGUCUACAAGAUAUUAUAGAUGAUAAUCAUUUAUCCGUUCUUAAUAUAAUGAAUUUGAUAACACAAAACUGUAGUACGUUAUUGACAAUAUGCAAGUGGAAAAGCACAACUGAUCAAUGUGACAGAUAUUUUAAGAAAAGUUUAUCAAGAGAUGGUCUAUGCUGUAGUUUUAAUUAUUACACUUUUCCAGAUGCGGCAACAUUAGACAAUAUGAAAAGGUCUACCGCUUGUGGAUUUGAGACUGGUAUGACAAUAGUAGUAAAUAUUGAUCCGAAUGACUAUCACGCGACAAUUACCGGAGCAUAUGGAGUGAAGGUCAUAAUACAUUACUCAUUCGAUUAUCCGGAUUUUAAUGCCGAAAUGCAAUUAGUACAAUUAAACAGUCAACAUUUUGUCAGCAUCAAUCCUGCAGAAAUGUAUUCAAAACCAGAAGUGAAGGAUUUGACUAUUUCUACUCGGAAAUGCAUAUUUAAUGAUGAGGCUGACAAAGUGCUAUAUGCAAAUGUUCAAGAGAGGAACUUAACAUUUACGAUAUAUUCCUAUCACAAUUGUCUUGCGGAAUGUCGGGCUAGCAUUACAAGAGCAAAAUGCGGUUGCAUUCCUUAUUAUUUUCCACAAAAUAUUAUUAUUAUUUCAGGUACCAGAGUAUGCAAUCUCAGGGAUAUUCAAUGUUUAAAGAAAUAUAAAUUAUUUUUAGAUACUUCGUGGCCAGAGAUAAAACAAAAUCAUCAAAAUCUACCAAAGAAGAUAGAUGAUAUCAAAAAGCCACCUUGUGGAUGCAUACCAGAUUGCUCUCUGUAUUAUUACCCUAUUGAAAGUUCUUUCGGAACUCUCGAUACUGAUCUAUAUUAUAGUGGUGGCAGUUUCUCAAAAAAUCCUCGGUAAUUAAGUUGCACAUAUAAAACAAGUUAUGAUUAAUUC